AUGGGGCUUGGGGGCGAGAACCUUGGAAAUGUGAACGUGGCGCGCGUAGAGAGCGGAAAGGAGCUUCAUAAUGCCACGGUGUUGCUACAUGCGACCCGUCUCCUCCUCGCCUUCCCUCUGCUCACCUUGCGCUACCCUCAUCGCCCCUCCUACCCCUCCCUCCGCGCUGCCGCAUUGUUAUGCCCUAAUCUCUUCUGCCUUCCCUCCUUUUCGCCUUGGCCCCCUGCCCUGCGCCUAGUGCCCUGGAAUCGUUUCCUUCCUCCGUCCCUUAGCCUACCAGGUGCCGCACACGUCCCGCCCCGCCGGAUCGCAAGGAUGGCAGAAGCCGUGAUCGCAGAGGCGCCCGCCGGGGCAGCCAACGAGGUGAAGCUCUUCGGCAAGUGGUCCUUCGCCGCGGAGGACAUCACGGUUAACGACCUGUCGCUGGCCGAUUACAUCGCCGUCAAGCAUGCCAUCACCGUGCCGCACACUGCCGGCCGUUACUCCGCUAAGCGUUUCCGCAAGGCGAACUGCCCGAUUAUUGAGCGGUUGACCAACAGUCUGAUGAUGCACGGGCGCAACAACGGCAAGAAGCUGAUGGCGGUGCGCAUCGUGCAGCACGCCAUGGAGAUCAUCCACCUGCUCACGGACCAGAACCCCAUCCAGGUCAUCGUCGACGCCAUCGUCAACAGCGGCCCGCGCGAGGACGCCACCCGGAUCGGGUCGGCGGGCGUCAUUCGCCGCCAGGCCGUCGACAUCUCGCCGCUGCGACGAGUCAACCAGGCCAUCGCGCUGCUGACGACGGGCGCGCGCGAGGCGUCGUUCCGCAAUGUGAAGACAAUCGCGGAGUGCCUGGCGGACGAACUCAUCAACGCCGCCAAGGGCAGCUCCAACAGCUAUGCCAUCAAGAAAAAGGAUGAGAUUGAGCGUGUUGCCAAGGCCAAUCGUUAA